GGUAAGGUUGGAGGGCGGACUCGCAAUGGCGGCGGUGGGCCGGUUCCUGGCGGCGGUGACUCUGGCGGCGGCCCUGAGCCCGGGGACAGGGACAGAUCAGGUCCCGGUGCUGGCUUGGUCCACGGAGAGCUCCCUCUGGGCCCCUGAUGCUGCUCCCCCUGUUGGACGGAUCCUCACGGCUGAGCAACUCUCCUCCUAUUUGAAACCAGCCCUCGACAGAGGACCCAAAACAGUCCUGCUGUUCCUGCAGGAUAAGCUCAGUGUUGAAGAUUUCACUGUGUAUGGAGCACCCUACGGCAACAAACAGGAGAAUGCUUUCUCCAACUUACAGAAAGCGUUGGAGACCUCUCCCUCCUCCCUGGUGUUGCCAGCUGUCGAUUGGCAUGCGACCAGCUCCCUGCUGUCGUCUCUGCAGCAGCAGACAGGCAAGAGGCCUCUCUAUGUUCACCAGCUCACCAUCCACGAGCUGCGCCUCAACGCUAGUGUCCCCUCUCUGCUGGUUGUCCACCUGCCCUACACUUCGAGCUCCAUCAUGAUGCCUGCGAAAGAAGCUCUCACCGGGAAUGACAACAUCAUUGGGGAAGUGUUACAGACCCUGAAAUCGGAGGGUGUGCCUUUCCUAGCCAUCCUUACUGCAUCCCGACCUUCCAAGAUUACCCAGGAUGGCCCCAUGAUGGUGUUGGGGCCUAGCCGUCAGCUGCUGGCCUCCAGGGAUGAGGGUGAGUCAGAGGCCAGAGGCUCCUACCCUCCGCUGGCCUACAACCAGACAGAGGACAAGGCCUGCAUCCUGUUCUGGGCUGCUGGUAUCCAUAUCUCCAAAGGGGGCACCCCGGUGGACCUGACCAACCGCACCUUCGGGCCCGGUGCCAUCGUCGACGUUGGGAGCUCCACGUGCGAGAACGAAACAGCCACCUUGGUCCUGGAGUACGACAACAUCGAGAAGCUGGGGCGUGUCCGCAUCGUGUUCAAAAUGUCGAACCGCCUGUACAAGGUUUCUGGGAAGUGGUGGUUUACCCUGGACCAGGUGGAGGUGUAUUUGGACAACGACCGCGCCUCCUUUAACGUCACCCAGGUCUACGCUCCGGCCAUGUACUCCUACCACUGCAAACGCGUCGCCCAGGAUGAAGUAGCCAGCUCCAUUCUCCCAUGGUCCAGCAGCACCCGCCUCUGGGAUGUGAUCUUCGACGACUUCCAGAUCCAAGGCUUUGGUGUGAAGGGGAUGCACUUCUCCUACGCCAGCGACUGUGCUGGUUUCUUCACCCCAGCCAUCUGGAUGGGCCUUCUCACCACCCUCCUGAUGGUCUUCAUCCUCACCUACGGCCUGCACAUGAUCACCAACCUCAAGACCAUGGACCACUUCGAUGACCCGAAGGGGCCUUCCAUUUCCGUGCCACAGACCGAGUAACCAUGUCUCACCACCCCCCAAACCUCUCGGGUAUCGUGUUGUAUAUGUUGAAGUCGAACUCAAUCCUGGCACUCCCUCCUACUUUUUGCAGGAGUCUGACAUCCCAUCUUUGGGACCCUGUAAAAAAACCUAAAAAAAAGUUGUAUAUAUUCUGUGCUUCCCCCACCACCCCCAAAAAAAUGUUAUUCCAUAAGCAGUUUGACCAAUUGAUUUCCUGUUCCAUGAAGUGGGAAACGCUGGUAUAGUUGUUAUUGUAAUGUCAACGCCUCAUCGAGAGGUUGGAUGGUUUGCUUGAUGUGCCGUGCUAGUCUGGAAAAUUUGAGGAUGCAGUUGAACUCUACCAGUCCAAUUGGCAAAGCUCUGGGAUUCCACUCCUGUCCUUAGCAUGGGCC